ACCUUGACGAAAUAUGAUGUCCAGGGCGGCUCUUGGCAUUGCUUCAAGUACGCGGUCAACACUUCCGAAGCACGAGGCUUUAAUAAAACGCGGCGUGCUGACCCAUUUCGGCUCCCGUACCAGAUUGGUUGAACACUUUGAUCAGGUGCCCAUUGCCAACGAGAAGCUGUUGGAGUACAAGGAUGGAUCGGACGAACGCAAGGAACUGGAGUCGUCGCUGCAAAAUAUUCUGACCACAGUCAAGUACGUGCCCAUCGUGAUCGAUGGCGAGGAGCAUGCCGUUCAUGGCAUGGAAUGGAAGGAGCAGAUCUUGCCGUACAACUUCAAGAGGCAAGUAGCUCGAUAUGGCCACGCAACUCGCACUAUGUUGAAUAUGGCCAUUAAGAAGACUGUGGAGGUCCAGAAGAGCUGGGACACGACGCAGCUAAGCAAUCGGAUGUACAUAUGGAACAAGGCGGCUGAUUUGAUUGCCACAAAAUACCGGUCCGACAUAGUCGCUGCCACAAUGCUCGGCCAGGGGAAGACCUUGCGCCAGGCGGAGACGGACGUGGCUGAGCUCGUCGACCUCCUGCGCAUGAGCCCCGUGUUCCUGCGUGACGUGGCCAAUUACGAACCAUUCAAUGACUGUCCCGACUCCCAACACAACUACAUGAGGCUGCGGGGCUUGACCGGGUUCGUGGCUGCCAUCAGUCCCUUCAAUUACACCAGCAUUGCGGCCAAUCUGGCCUUAACACCUGCCCUGAUGGGCAACGCAGUGAUGUGGAAGCCCUCGGACUCGGCCAUUCUGUCCAACUGGUACGUGUUCCAGGCCAUGCGCGAUGCUGGACUGCCCGAUGGUGUCGUCAACUUCAUUCCGUGUGAGGAGACGACCUUUGCCUCGGUGGUCACGCAGGAUUCUAUGCUGGCCGGGAUUCACUUUACGGGCACUUCAGGGGUGCUUAAGGUGCUGUGGAAGCUGGUGGCCAAUAACAUCAACUGCUACCAGAACUAUCCACGGCUGGUGGGGGACACUGGUGGCAAGAACUUUCACUUUGUUCAUUCGUCUGCCGAUCCCGAAACAGCUGUGGCUUGCACCAUACGAGCGGCCUUCGAGUAUGCGGGCCAGAAUUGCUCCUCCUGCUCGAUGCUGUACGUGCCCGAAUCCCUCUGGGAGUCGAAAAUCAAGAAGCCUCUGCUGGAGAUUAGCUCCAAGCUCUUUGUCAGCAAAGCCACCUACUGCAACUGUUUCUACUCGGCGCUGAUCAACAAGCGGGCCUACAACCGCAUCUACAUGUGGCUGCGGUACAUUGAGCGAAAUCGCAAUUGCGAGCUUCUCACCGGCGGCAGGGGCAGCAGGACGCGGGGCUACUUCGUGGAUCCCACCAUUGUGCGGGUUUACAAUCUGGACGAUCAAAUCUGCAAGGACGAAUUGCUGGGGCCCAUACUAUGCGUUUAUGUCUAUCCGGACAAUCAGCUGGCGGAGACUAUGGCGAAGGUGGCCCAGAUCAAUCACGGACUGAUCGGCUCCGUCUUUGCCAGCGACGGUGCUUUCGUCGAUGAGGCCUACAGGGUAUUCAAGCUUAAUGUGGGAAAUCUGAAUGUCAACGACAAGUCCACUGGCGCCAUGGUGGCCAAGCAGCCCUUUGGAGCUGGUCACAUGACGGGAACCAGCGAAAAAUUAGGCAGUCCUCAUUCCCUGUUACGUUGGACAUCGCCGCAGGUGAUCAAGGAGUCGUUCAAGCCACAUGUCAACGUCUAUUAUCCCUACAUGGGCAUCAGUGAGGACAAAUCCACAUAUAAACUGCCUCAGGCGGAGACCACAGACGGCAGUCAGAUGGCCAGAAAUGUCACAGAUUGGUCGGAAACGGCUACAAAAUUUUAAUUGUUUUAUAAGGGAAGACAAAGUAAUUAUUUUUGUAUGAA